AUGGCGACAAUAACAGUCGUCGUCAAGCACCAGGGCAAAAAGUACGACGUCGAGGUCGACCCUAGCUCAACCGGUGAAGACUUUAAGCUGCAGAUCUUCAGCCUCACCAAUGUCGAGCCCGAACGACAGAAGAUCCUGAUCAAGGGCGGUCAGCUCAAGGACGAUGCCGACAUGGGCAAGCUUGGCCUCAAGGCGGGCCAGGCGAUCAUGAUGAUGGGCACCCCCGGCUCUGGCGCCUCACAGCUCGUCCGCCCCAAGGACCAGGUCAAGUUCGUCGAGGACAUGACUGAAGCCGAGCAGGCGCAGCAGGUCGGCGCCACCCCGGCCGGCCUCGUCAACCUCGGCAACACCUGCUACCUGAACUCGACGCUACAGACUCUGCGCUCCAUCCCCGAGCUCCAGACCGCCUUGACGGAAUACACGCCGAGCUCGACCGGCUUCAUGGCCGGCAUGUCGCAGAUGGACCUGGCGGCCCAGCUGUCGGGCUUGUACACCAAGAUGAGCCAGACGCAGGAGGCCUUCCCGCCAAUGAACUUCCUCAGCGCCCUGCGGGUUGUCUUCCCGCAGUUCGCCGAGAAGGCCAAGUCCAACAACGGAUACGCCCAGCAAGAUGCCGAGGAGGCGUGGUCGCAGAUUGUGCAGCAGCUCAAUCAGAAGCUUACCGUCAAGGAUGUCGCCGACGCGCCCGGCGUUUCUUUCGUCGACAAGUACAUGUCUGGCGAGUUCACCUCGUCUAUGGAAUGCGACGAGGAGGAGGCCCGCAACGGUGGCGAAAAGGCCAUUGUGUCCAAGGACCGCUUUUACAAGCUCAACUGUCACAUCGACGGCUCGACGAACCACCUGAGGGACGGCAUCCUGGCAGCGCUGAGCGAGAAGCUGGAGAAGAAGUCGGACGUGCUCGACCGCGACGCCACCUACACCAAGACGUCCAAGAUCUCGCGUGCGCCCAAGUACCUGACGGUGCACUUUGUGCGGUUCUUCUGGAAGCGAGAAACGCAGAAGAAGGCCAAGAUUAUGCGCAAAGUCACGUUCCCUCAGGAGCUGGACAUUGUCGAGUUUUGCUCCGACGAUCUCAAAAAGGCGUUGAUACCCGUCCGCGACAAGGUGCGUGAGAUUCGAAAGGACGAGGAGGAUAUCGAGCGCGCUCGCAAGCGUCGUAAGAAGAACCACGAGCAGGACCCCGACGAUAUCCCAGGCGGGGCCGGACUGCCCUCAGAGAAGGAGAAGAAGGAGAAGGAGGAGAGGGAGAAGAAGAAGGCCGAGGCAGGUAAGAAGGACGGAGAGAAGUCGGCCGACGGCGACACGGUCAUGGGCGAGACGUACAAGACGGACGCCGAGAUUGACGCGGAAAAGGACGCGGCCCUGCUGGAGGCCAAGAAGGAGCUCAACGCCGUCAUCGACCCGGAGCUGCGCAACGACGACGGCGCCAACCAGUCCGGCCUGUACGAGCUGCGCGGCGUCGUGACGCACCAGGGCGCGAGCGCCGACAGCGGCCACUACACGGCCUACGUCAAGAAGUCGGCGCCGGUGGACCCCAAGACGGGCAAGAAGGGCGAGGAGGACGGCAAGUGGUGGUGGUUCAACGACGACAAGGUGACGGAGGUGACGGUGGACAAGGUGGAGGCGCUGGCGGGCGGAGGCGAGUCGCACUCGGCCCUGAUUCUGCUGUACAAGGCGAUCCCGCUGCCCAGCUCGGACGGCACGAUGGCGUAG